UAACUGUGCCUAGUGAAGCUGGUUCACCGCCUCUGGGACUUCACUCUCUCUUCAGUAUCAGAGUCUCUCUUUGCAUGAUUAGACAAUGAUUAGCUAGAGGAAGCCUUUUGAUUACUGUUCCUCUUUCUUGGGUUUUGCCUACGUUCCUCGAAAGCUUGCUAAUUUCUAAAGUUUACACCACAGCACACUUGAUUAUCUGCUGUUCUUUCGGUGUGCUUAAACAGAGUGAGCAAAGCUCUGGCUGCUACGAAGCUUUACGGUCUUUAGCGGAUCAUUUCUCAUUCUGCUCACUAUUUUGCCACAGUAGUCCUGGUUAUGCAUGGUAUCUCUACCCAAACACUGAAGCACUUCUUGAACAAUAUAUCUUCUUAGGUCCUUUCUUGAUUUCAAGCAUGAAAAGGUUCAGUUCCUCAGAUUCAUUUGCUGCUUUAGUCUCCAUAACUUCUUCCAAAGAGGAGGAGACUCAUAAACCAUCACAGGGAUACGCCAGAGAGUUUCAAGCAAUGUUAGAUAGCCUAGAGGAAGAAGACAACACUGAGGAAGCUACCCAUACUCUGAAGAAAAGAAGGUUAACCCUGGAUCAAGUUAAGGCCUUGGAGAAGAAUUUCGAGGUGGAAAACAAGCUUGAGCCAGAGAGAAAGCAGAAAUUAGCAGAAGAAUUAGGCCUCCAACCACGACAAGUAGCCAUUUGGUUCCAGAACCGCCGUGCCCGUUGGAAGACUAAGCAACUGGAGCGAGAAUAUGUAGCCCUCAAGGCCAAUUAUGAAGCUCUAAAACUCAAUUAUGAUAGUCUUGAACGACAGAACGAAUCUCUAACUCUGCAGGUAAAGGAAUUGAAAGCAAAGCUCAGGGAAGAAAAUGCAGACAGCAGUCACUCUGUCAAAGAAGAGCCCCCUGUUUCAGAGUCAGAGAACAACAUUUCAGUGCAUAGUCAGAGCCACGAAUUCAGUGAUAAUAACAAUUCCAACCCAAUCAUUAAAGACCAGAGCAAUGGCUUAUCUUCACAUGCAUUGAUGAAUUGGAUUCAGUUAUCUGAAUCAAGAACCAUUUUGGGCAAUGGGUUUCAAGUAUAUCAACCCCAUGUGAAACUAGAAGAGCAAAAUGUGUUCAGUACAGUGGAGUCCUGCAAUUUCUUUUCAGUUGAUCAAGCUCCCAUCCUGCACUGGUACUAUCCAGAGCAGUAAAAACUAGUUUAGGACUUGAAAAGGAAUAAAUUGGUAUUGAAGAAAUGGUGGAUUAGGACUUCAUUCUUGCUCUCGCAUUGCAACAGGUGGCGGGAAGUGAGAAGUUUACACAAUUUGCCUCUGGUGUAAAGAUCAUAAUGUUCAGUAACCAAUCCGGAUUAAGUCGCUUUCUGUCAAGGACCAAUUUUCUAUUAAUCAAUGUUUUUAACUGUUUAUUGGUUAUAAAGAAGCUAGUACCUUACCUUAUAA